AUGUCAUCGUACAGAGCAACGAGGACGGCCCUCCGCGCCGUCGCGCGCACAUCGAGGCUCGCCACCUCCAGACCCUCACAAUCGCGAUCCUUCGCCAGCGUACACACCGGCUUCCUCCAAAACAACCAAACAUCACAACGCCGCCCGACGACAACAACAAGUCGACACCAACAAUCCCUCCAGCGACAAUCCCCCUUUGCCGCCCGCACCGGCGCCGUCCGCACAAUCUUCAUCCAGACCGAGAACACGCCCAACCCAGACGCCGUAAAGUUCCUCCCGAACCACCGCAUCCUCCCCGACACCCUCUCCACCCCCUUCAUCGAGUACCUCAACCCGCGCUCCACCAUCGCGCCGCCCUACCCGUCCCCGCUCGCCGCCCAGCUCAUGAACAUUGACGGCGUCACCUCGGUCUUCUACGGCGCCGACUUCAUCACCGUCAACAAAUCCCCCGACGCGAACUGGGCACACAUCCGCCCGGAGAUCUUCGCCCUCAUCACCGAGGCUAUCACCUCGGGCCAGACCAUCGUCACCGUCUCGGCAGACAAGGAAGGCGGUGCCGGUGCGGCCGCCGACGGCGCCCCCGAGGAGCCCGAUAGUUUGGCGUACGAUGAGAACGACAGCGAGGUUGUCGGCAUGAUCAAGGAGCUUCUCGAGACGAGGAUACGGCCUGCUAUCCAGGAGGACGGCGGCGAUAUCGAGUUCCGCGGGUUCACGGACGAGGGUACCGUGCUGCUGAAGCUUCGCGGUGCGUGCCGGACGUGCGAUUCUAGCACCGUGACGUUGAAGAAUGGUAUUGAGAGCAUGCUGAUGCAUUAUAUUGAGGAGGUCAAGUCCGUCGAGCAGAUCCUCGACCAGGAGGAGGAGAUUGCCAUCCAAGAAUUUGCAAAGUUUGAGGAGAAGCUCAAGUCCCAAAAGGGACCCGAGGCGACCGCGGCAUAA